AUGCGGCUAAUUGAAAUCCUCAGUCUGCUUCUGUUCAUCCUUGUCGCCGGCGCCGACGCCAAGCGCAAGAAGCCGAAGUGGCCGUACCGUUGGACUGGGACCUACUAUAACGGGACAAUUGAUCUCGCCACCUCGAUCGACCGAUGGCCCCACUGUGCAGAAGCAUGUCGGGACUCGUUUACGGCCUCUUUCAGCGGUCUUUUUCUCGUGGGCCCGGGAUCAGAAACAAACUCGCCUCAGUUUGUCCUGAUGGCUUGGGAUACCGGUACGGUGCCCGCAGCCUCGUCGCCGGAAAUCGAUAUGGGCUCGGACACGGAUGGAUGGAAUAUGCAUAGCCCCGAUAUCCGACUCAUACUUGGUCAACGCAGCAAGCUCUGGAUGGACAAUGAAUCAGAGGGGGAUGAGAUGUGGUCGGUGGAGACAAGCACCCCUCGCAAUGGAAGUGGCUUUGCCAUGGAUGGCUUGUUUACUGGUGACAACCACAUCUCCAGCAAUCCACGCGCGACAAACUCCGAAAACUGGAUGAACAUAACCAUACCCGGCUGCCAGCGACGGUUUUCUGAGUGGUUCAAGAUGAUCGUCUCAACGCGCACCGCAGGUCGCCAACGUCAUUCUACACAGAACAUCACAUUCCAGGGAACAUUCGAUGAGCAGAAGGCCACUUUCCGCUGGAAUGGGACGUACUGGGGCUCCGUUCAGAGUGAGGUGUGGUACGGACCGGCCGGAACCGCGGAUGAUUUUGCUGAGGGGACUUUCAGCGUGUCGUUCAGUGGGAACGUUGAUUCGGGGCGAUCGGAUGAACUGCGGACAAGGUCUGGCGUAGGUGGACCAGAGUGGGUGAAGAAGUACGAUCGGGAGGAGAAUGUGCCUCGCGAGGUUGAGGAGUCUGGUGCAUCAUUCAUCCAGGCAGAUAGAUGGUUGUAUAUGCUUGAGGUUGCUCUAGGCUUGCUGUCGUUGGUCUGAUGAGUAUCUGGAGAAUUUUUAUUUUGUUCAUAUUCCCUUUGUUAUCGCUAUCGUGUUUCUCGUGCUACCAGUUGGGCGGCUGGGCUAUUGAUCAAAAGGCAUCAUUCAUUUCUCUCCAUUGUGCCUCCCAUACUCAACAUGCUGCGCAUCCGUCGCAACAGCCGCCUUCUCAUCCACCUCCACCACCAUCGCACUCGUAUCCGGCGCAAGCUUAUUCCCAAACCUGCC